AUGGCGACGGCUACGGUGACGGCAACAGACACGGCGCCGCGCGCGUAUGGAUUGUCGGGCAGAUCUCUCUCACCUGGGAACCCCCAUGCCCUCUUCACCGCGUUCGGCCGCGGCGGCUCCCUCGCACAACGUUCAACGCACAUAUGCGGGUCAAUGAUGCGCACAGGGUUUCCCUUUUGCCCAGUCGCCAGCGCAGCCAAUGGCCGUCGCGCCUUCAGCAUCGCACACAGCGACCAGCCCGCGCUGAGAAAUUUCUACCAGUUCGCCGUGACGGCCGAGGUGGAGACAUGUCAGAUCAGCUAUCUGCAGGCCCGAUUUCGAUUUGAAUCCGUCGCCCUUUAG